CAAAAGAAUUAACCCUUUUUUUUUUUAAUUCAACUUGAUGAACAAAGACAACACAGCACAAACUGCUGCUGUUCAAGUAGCUGUUCGAAUACGUCCUUUAACAGAAAGGGAUCGAGCACAACCUAGAUUUGCCAAUUCAACCAAUGGCGAUGUUCUUCGUGCUCAUGAGAAGCAUGUACAAGUCGUUCCUCAAAACAAAUACUUUACCUAUGACCAUGUCUUUGGAACAGAAACACAGCAAAGUGACAUAUUCACUGCGCUUGGACAGAAGCCAGUGUAUAAGUUUAUUGAAGGAUACAAUGUGACAAUUCUUGCCUAUGGCCAAACAUCAUCUGGAAAGACGUAUACUAUGGGUACAGCACAACACGAUCAACAGAUAAAUCCUAAAGAGGAAGGUAUUAUACCUCGAGCCAUGUCUCUUUUAUUUGAUUCACUGUUACAGAAAAGUAUGGAUCAACCAGCUAAUGGAAUUCGCAGUCUUCGAGCACCUACACAGACGUCAGGGCAGAAAUAUAGAUACUCCGUUAAAGUAUCUUUUGUUGAAAUAUAUAAUGAAGAGCUCAUUGAUUUAUUAAACCCAGCACCACCACAUGAAAAGCCACCAGUGACAAUUAGAGAGGAUACAAAAGGACACAUUUAUUGGACAGGAGUUAAAGAAGUAUCUGUAAACAACACAGAUGAUGUCUUAUAUUAUUUACAACAAGGAACACAAAACCGAGCAACGGGGUUUACAGAUAUGAAUGAAAAAUCAAGUCGAUCGCAUGCUAUUUUCUCGGUGACAUUAAAGCAGGAAAAAUGGGUUCCUGGAAAUAGUCAGUCAGGCAGAGCUAGUCCUACACCAUCAAGAGCUCAAUCGCCCAAACAACAAAGACUCUCUAUGAUCAGCCGCUACUCAAGCAGUAAUAGCAAUAACAAUAGUGCAGAAGAUGGAGACUGGGUCAUUACAUCAUCAAAGUUUCAUUUUGUUGACUUGGCUGGUAGCGAAAGACUUAAACGGACAGCUGCCGAAGGAGACAGAAGAAAAGAAGGAAUCAAUAUCAAUGCAGGUUUAUUAGCCUUGGGCAACGUCAUUUCUGCAUUGGGAGAUCCUUCAAAGAAAGGCACGCAUGUCCCUUAUCGUGACUCAAAGCUGACUCGACUACUACAAGAUUCACUUGGUGGAAACGCAAUGACGCUCAUGAUUGCUUGUGUUAGCCCGGCUGAGUCAAAUCUGGCAGAAACCUUGAAUACACUUCAAUACGCCAACAGAGCAAGAAACAUCAAGAACAAGAUGGAAAAGAAUGAAUUGGAAGAAUGGAUGACGACAGAUAACAUUGACUUUUUACGAAAUACAAUUGCAAAACUAAAGAACGAACUUCAUUUUAGCGACGACUAUUCGUCAACGAGUAGUCCACUUGCUAACGGUGAUUAUGAUGACUUUUGUCAUGAGCAAAACCUCCAGAUUGCUGAUUUACAGUAUCAGAUUGAAGACUUGAAAGCAAAAGCAGAGAUUAUGACCCAACGAAACGUCGUGGUCGAAGCAGAACUUGCUCGACUACAACAAGCCAAAAAUGGUGAUAUUGAUUUUCAAAAGACUGUAGAGCCGGUGAUUGAAGAAUACGAAAAGACUCUAUCCGGAUACGAAUCUCAGUUAGCCAUGAUCCGUGCUGCGCUUAACCAUGCAGAACAUGCCUACGAAGAACAACUUGAUAAAGCACAACAGGGUGAACUUAUCAUCGAAAAGCAGGAUAAAACGAUUGCUGAGCUGCGAAAACGAUUGAGUAAAUUGUUAGAGAGACAACAAAAGGACGAGAAAUAU